ACCGCAUAUCUCGUAGGUAGUCACACCUCACAGCAACUUUUCCUUGUCCACCUCGCCAUCCCCUGUAUUGAAUCUCACCUGCGAUCGGCCUUCACCUUGCUCUGCGCGGCCUCCGAUCCAAACAAUCCUACGGCUACGCUCUCUCAUCCGUAUCUGUAUCCUUUUUGGCGCCCGACUGGCCGAGAAGCCCUUCGUCGUUCAAACCAGACACAGCCCGUUACCGACAGUCGGUCCUGCCCUCGAGCUCCUCGACCGGCGCCAUGGUGUCCUCGCCUCUCCCCUCCAGCGGCAACGGCGUCGCCGCAGCUGCCACGACAUCGUCGACGUCCGCCUCUUCUUCGUCACCCCCCUCCCGCGCCGCAUCCGCUACCACCCACUCGUCCGGCAAAGUUGGUAGCACCAGCGCCAACCCUUUGAAGCGAGUCGACCUAGACGGCCAUGAUCUUCCUCCUUCACCCGCGCCCUCUAGCCCUCGCAAUGGUCGCCGGCGCUACGCUCUCGCGACCGAGCUGGUUUAUACCGAAGGCAAAGAUCAGUACGGCGCCUCCAGCACCCCCAUCUACCAGUCUGCCACGUUCAAACAGACUUCGGCCAGCGGUGGCCAGCAAGAGUUCGAUUACACGCGGUCCGGCAAUCCCACCCGCACCCAUCUCGAGAGACACCUUGCCAAAAUUAUGAACGCCAACCGCGCCUUGGCCGUCAGCUCUGGCAUGGGUGCCCUCGAUGUCAUUACCCGCAUUCUCCGACCUAGCGACGAGGUCAUCACGGGCGACGACCUAUACGGCGGCACCCAUCGCCUACUUACAUAUAUGGCAACCAACCAAGGUAUUAUUGUUCAUCACGUCGACACAACCAACCCCGAAUCAGUGGCCAGUCGAAUCUCAGAGAAAACGGCCAUGGUCCUGCUUGAAACGCCGACCAACCCCCUCAUCAAAAUUGUUGACCUCUCGUCUAUUGCCCACAUGGCGCACGAUGCCAACUCCAAGGCCUUAGUCGUCGUCGAUAACACCAUGCUGUCACCCAUGCUGUGCAACCCUCUGGAUCUCGGUGCAGAUAUUGUAUACGAGUCUGGCACCAAGUAUCUUUCGGGCCACCAUGACAUCAUGGCCGGCGUCAUUGCUUGCAAUGACGCUUCCAUCGGCGACAAGCUCUUCUUCACCAUCAAUUCCACUGGCUGCGGACUCUCUCCCAACGAUUCUUUCCUCCUCAUGAGAGGCGUCAAGACCCUCGCCAUUCGCAUGGAGAAGCAGCAGGCCAACGCCCAGGCUAUUGCCGAGUUUCUGGAGUCUCGUGGCUUUCGUGUUCGUUAUCCUGGACUUCGGUCUCACCCUCAGUACGACUUGCAUUGGUCUAUUGCUCGAGGAGCUGGCGCGGUGCUCUCGUUCGAAACCGGGGAUGCAACCGUAUCGCAGCGAAUCGUGGAAGCUGCGCGACUGUGGGCGAUCAGCGUUAGUUUCGGAUGUGUUAACAGCCUCAUCAGUAUGCCGUGCCAAAUGAGCCACGCGAGUAUAGACGCCAAAACGAGACGGGAGCGCCAGAUGCCCGAGGACAUCAUACGGCUUUGUGUCGGAAUAGAGGAUGCCAAUGAUUUGAUCGAGGAUCUUUCUCGUGCGCUGGUGCAAGCGGGAGCCGUGACCGUCACGCUCGACGGGUUUCAUGCCACCGGCGCUGCUGAGGAACUGGGCAAGACACCUCUAACGGUGGAUUAAUUCGCAUAUGCAUGUGCCUCUCGCCUCGCCGACAGCAGAGCAAAGACAUUCAACGCCAUAUCCUGAGCGGGGUUGGACCACCACGAGGCCUGCAUAUUCGAACAGCUUGAUUACGAGGCCAAGACUAUAUGAUCAAGUCUAGUCACUUGUCCACGGCCACGUGUGCCCCCGACGGGGAACGCGGUUGCCCAUUAAGGCCUCGGGUCCAGUUCAGCAGCGCGCAUGGAACGCCCAGGGGACCGCUACCACUGGGCACCGCGAACCUCCUUUUGUGGACGCGGUGACGCGCGAGACAUCGUUUCCAGAGUAGGAACAAGACGUGCACCUGUCAAGCCCAAAUGGAUGGCCCCGGACACGACACGGACCAGACUCGGAAGAAGAAGCGUGCAUGAUUAGGUAAACCGGUGCCUACGGAGAUGCGAGGCGCCUGAGUUGACCGCGAUACCACGGGGCUCUGAAUGGCCCGUAAGGCAUACCUCAGACGGAAAGAACGCCUUGGAUGUUUGAUGCUGGAACAAGAAUGGAGACAACCAUUGUACAAAGACAAAUCCAAAUGCCCAUGCCGUGAAACUGAAGCAUUCCACCUUGAGCAAGACUAAUCGGCCGCGGCGGCACGCACGGCACGCUCCAGCCACGACGUUGACUUGUCUCAAGAGAUGUCAAAUCGAUCAGGCAGCAAAACCGGCGC